UAUAAUUAACUUUCAUAUUUUAUAUUUUAAAAUAAUUAGUCUACAAAAAUAUUUUAAAAUAAAUAAUAAAAUUAAUCAUAUUAACUAAAAAAAGGUAGAUUAUCUUUUCAGAAUAUACAAUAAAUUAGAUUUUUCACUAAAAUUAUAAUACGUAUUAUGUUUUAAGAUGCAUUGCAUUUAAAUUAGAUGGUGUAUAAUUAUAUUGACCAUAUAUAAUAAACAAGUUAAGGAAAAAAAAAAAAAAGAGGAAACGAACGUACAGGAAAAGAAAUUCCACCAUCGUUUACACCCAUAUUUAUUCGAGCUGGUUUGUUAGCUAUGGUUUGCAGAAUUUAAAGAUCAAAUCCAUAUAGUGAACAAUCUUCAUCAUUCUUUAAAUUGGGCCGUCAAAUUUUUUGAGUAUAUAUCCAAGAUUUUCAAAUAAAAACUCCCACAUUAUUACAACUAAGCUCUUGCUGGAAGAAAUAGAAUGAUGAGCCUCACACUUCCCACAGUAUCUCCCGCCAAGCUACCUCUCAAACCCAAUAACCAAUCUUCCCGCCAAAAUCAGCCACCGCCACCGCCGCCAUCAUCAGCCCAUAGCGAUUCCCACUCUCUCAAUACCCGUCUCAUCAACCACCUAAAAGCUGGCCACCUCAGCAAAGCAAUCAUUGCCCUUGACGUAAUGACCCAAAACAACACCCAUCCUGACCUCAUCACUUACUCACUCCUCCUCAAAUCUUGUAUCAGAUCUAACAAUUUUCAAAAGGGUAAACUCGUUCAUAAUUGUUUAACCCAGUCUGGACUCGAGCUUGACUCGGUUAUCUUAAAUUCUUUAAUCAGUCUUUACUCAAAAUGUGGUGAAUUGAAUAGUGCAAAUGAUAUUUUUAUAAGUAUGGGUAAUAAAAGAGAUUUGGUUUCCUGGAGUGCUUUGAUUUCUUGUUAUGCUACUAAUGGAUUAGAAUUUGACGCUAUCAGGGUUUAUAUUGAUAUGCUUGUUUCUGGGUUCUUUCCUAAUGAGUAUUGUUACUCUGCUGUUAUUAAGGCUUGUUCGAAUCGAGAGAAUUUUUCAUAUGGGGAAAUAAUUUUUGGGUCUUUGAUAAAAUGUGGAUAUUUGAACUCUCAUGUAUGCGUUGGGUGUGCCUUGAUUGACAUGUAUGCCAAAGGGUGUGGUGAUGUUGAGGGAGCGUGUAAAGUGUUUGAUAAUAUGUCCGAGAGAAAUAUUGUUACUUGGACUUUGAUGAUAAGUAGGUUUCAACAAUUGGGUUAUUAUAGAGAUGCUAUUGAUUUGUUUAAUCAUAUGAUUUUUAGUGGGUUUAUGCCGGAUAAUUAUACAUUGAGUGGGGUUGUUUCGGCUUGUGCGGAACUGGGAUUGUUAUCGUUGGGGAAAGAAUUGCAUUCUUGGGCUAUAAAGUCAGGAUUGGUUUAUGAUGUUUGUGUGGGCUGUAGUUUGGUGGAUAUGUAUGCUAAGUGCGCGGUGGAUGGAUCUUUGGAUGAUUCUAGAAAGGUGUUUGAUAGGAUGACAAAUCAUAAUGUAAUGUCAUGGACUGCAAUUAUUACAGGGUAUGUGCAGAAUGGAAGGAGUGACAUGGAAGCUACUGAACUAUUCCUUGAAAUGAUUGAGGGACAUGUGAAACCAAACCAUUUCACUUUUUCUAGCAUUCUUAAGGCUUGUGCAAAUCUUUCUGAUCUGCAUUUAGGUGAACAGUUUUAUGCCCAUGCGGUCAAAUUGGGGUUCGCGUCAGUUAAUUGUGUGGGAAAUUCUCUUAUUAGCAUGUAUUCUCGAUGUGAUAACAUGGAAAAUGCUAGGAAAGCUUUCGAUGUGCUGUUUGAGAAGAAUUUGGUUUCCUACAACACCAUUGUUGACGCGUACGCAAAGGGUUUGAAUUCUGAAGAAGCAUUUGAACUCUUUAAUGAAAUUGAAGAUACAGGGUUUGUGGUUAAUGCUUUUACAUUUGCUAGCCUUUUGAGCGGAGCUUCUAGCAUUGGUGCAAUUGGUAAGGGUGAGCAAAUCCAUGCUCGGAUACUGAAAUCAGAUUUUAAGACAAACCUUCACAUUUCUAAUGCAUUGAUCUCUAUGUACUCUAGAUGUGGUGAUAUAGAAGCUGCUUUCCAAGUUUUUAAUGGGAUGGGAGAUCGCAAUGUCAUCUCUUGGACUUCGAUGAUCACAGGCUAUGCAAAACAUGGAUUUGCUGUCAGGGCUUUGGAGACGUUCCACAAAAUGCUAGAGACAGGUGUGAAGCCAAAUGAGAUCACAUAUAUUGCUGUUUUAUCAGCUUGUAGUCAUGUGGGUUUGAUAUCCGAAGGAUGGAAACACUUCAAGUCAAUGAAAAUGGAACAUGGAAUUGUUCCAAGGAUGGAACAUUAUGCGUGUAUGGUUGAUUUACUGGGCCGAUCAGGUUGUCUUGAAGAAGCCAUGGAGUUCAUUAACUCAAUGCCUUUCGAGGCUGAUCCUUUGGUCCUGCGUACUUUUCUUGGAGCUUGCAGACUCUAUGGUAAUAUAGAACUUGGGAAACACGCAGCGAAAAUGAUCCUUGAGCAGGACCCAGAUGACCCAGCAGCAUACAUCCUUCUAUCAAACUUGUAUGCUUCUGCUGGUCAAUGGGAAGAAGUGGCGGAAGUUAGAAAGAAUAUGAAAAAGAGAAAUUUGACUAAGGAAGCAGGUUGUAGCUGGAUAGAGGUGGAAAAUAAGGUGCAUAAGUUCUAUGUGGGUGAUACUUCCCACUUACAAGCGCCAGAGAUAUAUGAGGAACUGGAUCAAUUAGCUGUAAAAAUAAAGGAAUUGGGCUAUGUUCCUAAUACAGAUUUUGUUCUUCAUGAUAUAGAGGAGGAGCAAAAGGAGCAAUAUUUGUUUCAGCACAGCGAGAAAAUUGCUGUUGCAUUUGGUUUUAUAAGCACAUCAAAAUCUAAACCAAUUAGGGUUUUCAAGAAUCUUCGUGUUUGUGGAGAUUGUCACACAGCAUUCAAAUACUUCUCAGUCGUCAAAGGAAGAGAAAUUGUGGUAAGGGAUUCCAAUCGAUUCCACCAUUUCAAGGAUGGGAAAUGCUCCUGUAACGAUUACUGGUAAUAUGGCCGCAUCAAAUGAUGGAAGUUUCACGGAACCUCCCUAGAGUUGUUACCGUCUACAAUUUGUAUACUGACGUGAGAUUUUGUGUAUUCAUAUGUAAAUGUUUUCACAGUUAAUAUUUAGCAGCUGCUUGUAUAUAUAAAAAGGGUCGUAUCCCCAUGUUAACCUGCUCAAGUUGUAUGCAUUUUCUCCUUAGCGCAGAUUUUAUGAAUGCGUCCCGAAAAUGUAAAACAAUUCUUAUAUAUUUCUAGAUUCUAGCAUGUAUUUGAGUACUAACAUUUGUCCAUGUACUACUUUGUUAUUUUCAUCACAUUUGCAUGUUGAGUUAUGAUGAUGAAGUUUAACUGUGGGCAGCUGCUUCAAUCUCGUUUUCUCCAUUGACAAGAGCUUCUGGAAGGAAUUGCGAAAAUUUGGGCUGGACGUUAACAUUCUCCAGAGUUCGAUCUUUAUCUUCAACUGAUCAG